AUGAGCCCCGACUUCCCAGCCAUGUCUGCUCAGACGUUCAAGAUCGAGACCCCGCUCAAGUGCAAGGACGACGGCACGAACUGGCCGCGCUACAAGGAGGUCACGCUGCAGAAGAUCAAGAAGACCGCAGGUCUCGCACGCCAUCUCCGCGGCUCACCUCGUCCCCCGCACCCCGUCUACAACCGAGACGAGAACGCGCCCGCCACGGCAACUGCCACGUCGACGAGCGUACCAACGCCUCUCACGGACGAAGAGCGCGAGGCUCUGGAGGACAAGCUGGACGAGUGGGAGCAGCGCGAGGCCGCGAUGCGCGACAUCAUCUACACGACCGUAUCCCCGUCUACGAUGACCGAGAUCAAGGGCGGCAAGACGGCGAAGGACGUGUGGGACGCGCUGGUCAGCAAGUUCGAG